CUUCAUAGGUGGAUCGGUGUAGCAGAUGAAGGACGUGUGCGUGUGAGAGUACAAGACGGUUCCCCCUCCCCCGGCUAUCAAGACUACACGCAGCUUCAAGAACUAAUGGGGGAUUACAAGUUUAGUGUCAAUUCUAACGUUGGGUCUGUUUCAUCUGUGGAAUUUCCCGCAAGUUCGACUAGUAGUUCAUCGCUGUUUUUUACGACACCAACGUCUGUGCCGGAUACUAUUUCGUCACAUCAGCAUUCAACUAUGCAAGAUGAACUUCUGAUAGAAAAAACUGCUGUAAAAACGACGCAGCAACUUUCACCGAAUUCAGAUGUCAACGGAGAGCAGGCAGUGAAAACCAAAGAAGAUGAAACUUCAUCUGGAAACAUUGUGCAGACUGAAAACAAGCAGAACGAACAGUCACAGAUCGGGCCUGCCGUUACUGCUCCGCUCCAGCUCGGAACUGGAUUUAAUGUAUCUGAACCUAGUCUUAACGUGAUUAAUUCUAGUAAUACUUCCACGGCUAGCUUGUGGUCUUCAGGACCGAUGGAGGAGGGUCUUUUGCACAGUUUAAAUGUACCUGCUGUAAAUGGGACCUUAGCAUUUCAGAAUUUUCCUCCUACUAAUCCAAAUCCUUUAUAUAAUACUAGUUUAGGACCUCAGAUCGCAGGCUUACCACAGUCGCAAGGACAGCCUCCACAAAGGCGAGCCAUCACAGCAACUCACAACUUUCCACAUAAUUUAUCUCGCCAGAUCCAGCACCAAAAUCAUCCGCAGAAUAUGUUUAUGGCUAAUAAGGGUUAUACUUCUUGGUCCAGUCCUCAGCAAAAUACAUGGUCACCGGGCCCGCAGAACCAAGCUAACAUGCAAGGUUUGUCACCAUGGAAUAGAGGAAGAUCUGUACCAAAUUUGAAUCCACUUCAAACCAUGGGUAAUAUGGGCAAUCUAGGCAACAGGAAACCUAGUCCAACAUUUAAUCAUCAACACUCCGGAAUGGUUAUUUCACCGAUAAAAUUUCGACGCAGUACUUCAUACCCAGGCAAAGGACUUUUUCCUCAACCACCAACGUUUGAAAUUACCAACAUGGAUGAAAACAGAGAAGUGCUGCUUCCUUAUCCGGUGAGUAAAUGCUCCACGUUGCUGACCGUGUCUCAUGCUGCAUCAUGUGAGUCUAACUCGGGCUUAACAAACACACCUAGAUGAAGGUAUGGUAG